GGGAAACACAGAUCUUGUUGCUCUGAAGAUAAGGAAUGUCAGCGUGUCUGCUGAGAGACUCUCAAAACUGUUUGUUUUGGACUUCAGUCUGGCUGUUUAUCGGCAGAGUGCUAGAAGCUACAGGCACGGCGUAUGUGGACUUUUAGAGCGCACAGGGACAACUGCUAAUGGGCUAUCACCACAGCAGAAGCCAGGCGAUCAAAUGAACUCACAGCACCGAAGGGUCAGGCAGGGGAGGAAGCGACAGCGUCGAAAAGCAGAGAUGCAUAUUUCCAAUGGCGAGGAGAUGGAGCCGCUCAAGGACAGCCUGGAGGACAAUGCGCGCUUGAAGAACCACAUUGCCAUUUGCAAGGAGGACAGCGUUUCCUUUAAUGUGCUGCCAGACUGUAUGGAGAAUGGUCAAAAGAGGGUUAACACCUCCCUCAGUCCUGAUGUGGCAGAGACAUCAAAUAGCGAGGAGUUGGAAGCAAAGGAUAUGUCAGAUCCAGAUGCACAGAGGGACUCGGGGGCUAUUGUUUACAGGAAGCAAGCUCUAAGAUCCAAAGCUGAACUGAAGAGACAGCUCACCUUGCCACUCAACAAGUGGAACACUGGCAGCGAAACCCAACUGCGAUUCAAGGCUUUGCAGACAAAAGCUGUUGGAGGGCGAGGUUCGGCACACAGCUUGCCCCUGUACUGUGCCAGUGAGGACCAUGGGCCUGCCAUAGGGUCUUCGGCAGGCAUCUAUGCCCUGUCUGGUCGGCAGGUAGUGGGUAAGGCUGACAGCUGGCCACACCAGAGCCUGGCCACCAAGAGCAACUUCACAGUCACUUCCAAGAGUGACUUCUCCCUCAAUACGCUGCUGGCGGAGUCUGAGAGGGGUGAGUCCAGUGGUCUACAGAGGCGGCCCUCACAAGGAUCAGACCAGGAGAAAACAACAAGGAGGAAAAUGAGAGUUUAUUCAACAGAUUCUCCAAGCGACGAGUCCUUCAGUAGUGGCAGUCUGGACUGCGAGUCUGUGUUUACAGGGACCCUAUUUGACAAUGACUUGAAAGACAAUGCUUUCCUAAGCAACAGCUUCUCGCUGGAAGAUGACAUUGUCCCUCUGGAUGAUUCCGCCUCCGAUGAGCUCCCAUCGGAAUCCCUGCCUGGACUGGAGCCAGAGAUUCAGUGUCAUUUAGUGGCCUCGGGUAACCUGGGUGAGGUGCCAUCCAUUGCCAGCUGCAUGGAGCAGGAGAAACGGCGUUUUUCAGCUUCUGAACUGAUAAACAGGCUGCACCUCUCGCAGAAGAAAGUAGCACAAGCUCUGAAGUUGAACAAGUCCCUGCCAGGAAGGUCCGCACCUAGAGAGAAGACAUCGACUUUCUCCCUUGAAGGCAGACGGAGCGCAAAAAAAAAGAGCAAGUCUCUCGUCGCGAUCAACAGCAAUAUGUCUCCAAAGCCACAAAGGAGUGGUCUCAUCUUUGACAGUCCUCCACCCAACAUGUGGAAGUCAAGCACCGUUCCAAGGAGAGUGGGAUCAGAAGGGGAAUUGAACGCAAAACAGCUGAGAGAAAGGAGGCAUUCCAGGUUUCUACUGAACUCGAUCCUGUACCAGGAGUACAGCAAUGUGGCGAGUGACCGUGAAAUCCAAAGGCAGAAACGGGCUGACACAGUCAUCGAAGAAGAUGACGCCAUCCUGGUCAGCAAGUACAGAUCAUUACCAAAGAACUCAGGCUGGUCCCAGAGGUCCGUCCGAGGGAACGCAUUUGCUCUUUGGCAGGACAUCCCGGAUGUGCGGAGAAGUGGAUUGCUGGAUCGAAUGGGCAAUGAGCAGCGGAAGCUGCAGGAGGCCAAAUUUGAACUGGUCACUUCGGAAGGAUCCUACCUUCGGAGUCUCACCAUCGCCGUCGAACAUUUCCAUAACUCCAGGGAGCUCCAGGGAUGUCUGAACAUUCAGGAAAAGCAGUGGCUAUUCUCCAAACUGCCCGAUGUCAAAGAUGUCAGUGAAAAGUUCCUGCAGGAGCUGGAAGAGAGGCUGGAGAAGGAUAUCUUGGAUUUUGAUGUGUGUGACAUUGUGCUGGCUCACUGCCCUGCCUUCAGGAGAGUCUAUGUGCCUUACGUGACCAACCAGGCGUACCAGGAACAGACCUACCAGCGGCUGCUGCAGGAGAAUUCCAGGUUUUCCAGUAUCUUGGCCAAGCUGGAGGAGGAUCAAGUUUGCCAGCGACUGCCCCUCACCUCAUUUCUAAUCCUGCCAUUCCAGAGGAUAAUGAGACUGAAGAUGUUGGUGGAGAAUAUAUUGAAACGUACCAAACAGGGCUCCCAGGAGGAAGAGACAGCCACAAAGGCCUUCGACAAACUCAAAAAGCUGACACAAGAGUGUAAUUCUAGUGUACAGUCAAUGAAGAGGACAGAGGAACUCAUUCACCUGAACAAUAAAAUCCACUUUGAAAGUAAGAUUUUCCCACUGAUCUCUCAGUCCCGUUGGCUGGUCAAGCAUGGGGAACUGACUGAAGUGGAUUCCCAGGUCAAUAACGCCACUGGGUCGAAAUUCAAGCUCUCCACGAGGCCCAUUUACCUGCACCUCUUCAAUGACUGCCUCCUGCUUUCUCGAAAAAAGGAUACAGGGAAAUUUGCUGUCUUUGUACACGCCAAGACCCAGGAAUUGCGGGCAAAGGACCUGAACAUGAAGGUGCACGGGAUCCCAGGCCACGUCUUCCACUUACAGCUGCUUGAGAAGUGUCAUGUGAAGCAGCAGAUCUUGUUGCGAGCCCGCACUGAGAGUGAGAAACAGCGAUGGAUAACAGCCAUGCUCCUUGCAGACAAAGGGAUUGACACAGAACAUGUUGGACUGGAGAAGGAUGACAUUCCUCAGGUCCAGUGUAUCAAGACAUACAAACCCCAGGAAGCUGAUGAGCUGGCGCUGGAGAAAGCUGAUGUCCUCGAGGUGAAGACAAGAACCAAAGACGGCUGGAUUGAGGGGAUCCGAUUAUCGGAUGGAGAGAGGGGAUGGUUUCCAAAGCAAUACGUGGAAGAGAUAACAAACCGGAAUGCUCGAAUACGGAAUUUACGGGAAAAGAAUCGGAUUAAGCACGCAACCAGGAAACUCCAGGAGGAAUGCCAGUAACAGGAGGCCCGGCUGUGUUGGAGAUACCAUGUGGAGCAUGGAUACUGAACACAUCCCAGACCUUACAGAGAAACAGCUGACGUUCUAGAUCCUGAGCGUGGCGUCUUUGAGAGACAAGUACUGUGCUCCCCAGUGAGCGACCUUAAUUUCUAGUGCAUUUUGGUGCCCAUGUCCCAGUGAUAUAUCACAACUUGGAUAACCCCUUACUCUCCAGCUCUCAAGGAGGCAUAAGCCAUCUGCAAAAGUUUCUACAGGGGCCACUGAGUGUGCUUUCGGUUCAUACUUACAGGGGCUGUAUCUGAGUGGUUGCUGCAGGAGGCAUGAACUCAGUGGCUAAGAGCUCACUCCCUUUGAAGCAGCUUCAAAAGGGGUUGGAAGUCCAGGGUUGGGCGAUGCUCUGUGAAUGGGGACUGGGGGCAAGGAUUAAACAGCAGAUAUUGAGGGGAUGUACUGCAAACUUUGGGAGGUGGGGUGGGGGCAGCGAGGGAAGGAACAGACUAUUUCGAAUGCCGUUAAACCCUCAUUUUCACCCUCUUAGCCCAGACAGGAUAGACCCAGCAUUGAUCUAUUUCCUGUUGAUUGGCAAUGUAAAAUUAAGCGAGCAUAAUUAUCCUCAGAGUUGAAGGGGUGAUUUGUCUGUGUCUGGCCUGUGACAUGCCCAUGCAACCUUUCCCCUACCCACCACCACAAUGGCGAGGUGGGGGGGGGGGAUAUCUGUUUACUUUGACAAGUGGAUGGGGAAAUGGACACAAAACUGCUCGGGUUCUUUUGUUUCUGCUUUGUCUGACGUAUCUCAGCCUCUUGUCUUUGGUGGUACCAGAGCUUUAAGUGCAUCUCAGUGCUACGUGUCUUCAGGUCUACUGAAUAAGAAACCUUCAAUCAGCCUAGUAUGGCCCGGCAGAGACUGAGUUAGCAGCUCAGAGUCAGCGAGGGAGCGGGGGCAAGCCACACUGACUGAGCAGCAGAUCAAACUGCUAUAACUUGGUACCACAACCUAGUGUAGCUGUCAGUCCCUCCCUGUCGCAGCAGCACAACUCUGAAACAAGCUCAAGCCCAUCAAAAGCAGUAACUGAUUCAGUUUCCAAUUCCUCUUGGAGGAGGGACAAAGGUCUCCAGCAGGAGGUAGCAGGCCUGAUUAUUUACUAACUAUGAGGCAGAGACACCUCUGCCUGAUUUUGAUGUGGGCAGGUCUCUCAUAUCUCCUUUGCCAAUUUAUAGAUGCCAACUACUGUCUGGCACUUUGCUCCAUCACUACAGCCUAGACCAGAGCUCAGAACAUAAGGUAUAAUAGGCCAUGAUAGCCAGGGCCCAGGGUUGGCUCUACUCCAGACAGGUGCUGGCUACUCCACAUUCCUCCUCCUGUCCCUGGUUGAGGUUACAGGUGAUGUAGAGAUUCUCAUACAGUUCCAGUAAUUCAGACAUCAGUCUCCACACAGCAAAGCAGGAAUGGAUUUAAAUAAACCUGCAUUGGGAAAUGUGUUGCCUAGACCUGUUAAACCCUUGCAUUGCUAAUUUAAUAUUUUGUUCAGGGAAAUCGUCAUGCAGAGUGAGGGGAAGCAAUGGCCCAGUAGCAUUACCAUAAGACUAUUAUUCCAGAGAGCCAAGUAAUAUCCUGUGGGCCUGGAUUCAAAUCCCACCAUAUAUUCAAUCGAAAUUUGGAACUAAGGGUCUAAUGAUGAAACUAUAGUCAAUUGUCAGGAAUGGCCUGGACAGAGUGGAUGUUGGGAAGAUGUUUUCAUUGGUAGGAGAGACUAGGGCCUGACGGCACAGCCUUAGAGUAAAGGGAAGGCCUUUUAGAACAGAAAUAAAGAGAAAGUUCUUCAGCCAGAGAGUGGUGAAUCUAUGGAAUUCACUGCCACAGAAGGUUGUGGAGGCCAGGUCAUUGAGUACAUUUAAGACUGACUUGAAUAAGUUCUUGAUUAUCAAGGGGAUCAAGGGCUAUGGGGAGAAAGCAGGAGAAUGGGGUUGAGGAACUUAUCAGGCAUGAUUGAAUGGCAGAGCAGACUCAAUGGGCUGAAUGGUCUAACUGGUUUGCUAAUGUCCUUUAGAGGAGAGAAAUCUGCCAUCAUUACCUGAUCUGACCUACUUGUGACUCCAGACCCACAGCAAUGUGGUUGCAAAUUAAUUGCCAUCUGGGAUGGGCAAUAAAUGCUGACCCAGUCAUGAUGCCCACAUCCAAUAAAUGCAUGCAAAAAAAACCCUUGUCUCAUCUGAUUGCUUAACUUGAUUUCCCCAGAAUUGGUCAACUGGCACCGACCAUCAUUCACCAGCCACUGAGGGCAGCCAGUGUCGACAGUAAAUGUGCCCAUGCUCAGAUUGCAACACUAACUGAUAAAGGUGACCCUACAAGUCGACUGUCUGCUCACUAUAAUAUUCCAACAGCUCCUGAAAUUGCUCAGUGUAUCAUCACAGCAGCCCAGCUGCCCUCUGUAUCUCACCUGUUCUGCCUACUCAUGCACAGUGUCCACUAUGACCUGUAAGUCGUGUAUGCCCACUGCUAGUAACUGGGGUUACACUGCCAUUUCUGCUAAGGUGCUAACUUAUUUAAGGUUUUACUUAUUGUUUUAAAAUUCUACAUUUGCAAAACUGUUCAUUUUUAUGAAUAGGCUCAAAAUGAUGUAUGCCUGGAAAAAAAAUUAAUCCUGUUCAGUGUACACUUCACGAGGAGAAUGUAAAUAUUUUCUAAUCAGUCUGUUCAGAGAUGUUAUUACACACCUCUGCAGCAGAUCGGAAUUAAACCUGGGUCUGCUGUUUCAGAGGUAGAAGUGCUACCACUGCACCACAAGGACCCUACUCAGAGAAGGUAAGUUUAGAUUAGCUGGUGGUAGGAGAUGAGGAAUCGCCUUUAGAGUUCAGGUUCAAGUGAGCCCUGGAGGAGUGCAGGGGUUAUUUUGUUAGACAGUAGUAUUCAUGUUUGUAUAGGUCAGAGAAAAACGCGAGGCCACAAGACAUAACCCAGUUUGCCUGGUGCAGAUUGUACUGAGGUGGGAGGUGCUCAGAGAGCAACUCCUCUCCAUGUGAACGUGGUCCAGCUAAGGAGCCUCCAAGGCCGUAACUUGGUGUGAAAUUGAAAUGGUUGGAUAACCAUGAACAUUCUUUACCUUCAAGUAUUGCUACAACCUGUAUCAAACCCCACUGUGUCGCUCAUGAAACAUGGCAUCUGUUGGCAGCAAUUUAUUACAUUUUCGUAAAGAUUCCUCAGUGAUACUUGUCAUGUUUUACAUCACAAUCACAGACCCACACAGACAUAUACACACAAAUACAAACACACACACAUAUUCACACACCCACACACACGCACAGAUAUAUACAUGCACACAUAUACACACACACACACACACAC